AUGAAUAAAUUACAUAAUUUUCGUUUCGUCGGUGAAUUUCCGAUGUUCGAUUCCGCAGACGACGGAGGAUCGAGUUUUAUUAGCAAUUCUAAACGCAAUGCUUCGCUUCUGAAUCAAGAUAUUUAUCUCUCUCCUAUCGAUACCAGUAAGGCUUACUAUGAUCUUACCGAUAAUUACGCAGAUAAAACUUGGUUUAAUUUGAGAUACAUAGAAGGACAUGAUGUCCCCAAAUCGGGUAAAAUGGCGAACGAGUUGGCCGUUUUGAAUGAAAUUGAUGUUAACAACAUUGACACCGCCGAAUUUAUAUUUUUAGAUAGCUUUGAGAGGGACAUCCAGAACGCCAUUCCAGACAUCAAUUUAGAGGAUAUAUUUUUAGAUCCACAUAUAAUGAAUGCGGGCGACAGAAAAGGGGAAAAGUCAAACAAUUCAGACUUCGUUUUCGGAUAUUACUUGAACGAAAAUCCAAUGAAAGAAAGGAAAGCUAAAUACUCCAGCAGAAAUGGCAAAGAAAACAAAUACAAGCGAAGGAAAAAUAUGUGA